UCCUGUCAGCAUUUCCCUUUAAAGGAUGUCCUGCAGAGAAUUAGUUACUCAUAAUUUUAAGUAAAAAUUGACAAGGAGUGCUUUUUCAGCCCAGUAGGAGUCAGCUAUGUGCAUGUCACGAGACUUAGAGGAAACGCAGAGAUCCUCCUAUUUUCUUCUACAAAGUUGAAAAGGCUGCAGUUGGAAGAGACCCUCAGAGAUUGCUGGUGGCCUGUUCUGAUCCUUUGGAGUUGACACACGUAUGUACUGGAAGAAAAAUAAUCAUUAUAUUUUCUUCUUUCAUGCUGUUUAAAUCACAGGAAGAAGCAUCUUUAAGACAAAGAUCAAACCAACAUGACAACCGCUCAGUUUGAUUGUCAGUACUGCACAGCCUCACUUCUUGGGAAGAAAUAUGUACUAAAGGAUGACAAUCCAUACUGCGUCUCAUGCUAUGAUCGUAUCUUUUCUAACCGUUGUGAGGAGUGCAAGGAACCAAUCGAAUCAGAUUCCAAGGAUCUCUGUUACAAAGGCCGGCACUGGCACGAAGGAUGCUUCAAGUGCACCAAAUGCAAUCACUCUUUGGUGGAAAAGCCUUUUGCUGCCAAGGACGAACGCCUGCUGUGCACAGAGUGCUACUCUAACGAGUGCUCAUCCAAGUGCUUCCACUGCAAGAGGACCAUCAUGCCUGGUUCCCGCAAAAUGGAAUUUAAGGGAAACUACUGGCAUGAAACCUGCUUUGUGUGUGAGUAUUGCCGACUACCUAUAGGAACAAAGCCUUUGAUCUCCAAAGAGAGUGGCCAUUAUUGUGUGCCAUGUUUCGAGAAGGUAUUUGCUCAUUACUGCAACUUUUGUAAGAAGGUGAUAACUUCAGGUGGGAUAACAUUUCGUGACCAGCUAUGGCAUAAAGAGUGUUUUCUGUGUAGUGGUUGUAGGAAAGAGCUCUGUGAAGAAACAUUUAUGUCCAGAGAUGAUUAUCCAUUCUGCUUGGACUGCUACAACCAUCUUUAUGCCAAAAAAUGUGCAGGCUGUUUCAAACCCAUUACUGGUCUCGGAGAUGUCAAGUUUAUCUGCUUUCAAGACCGUCAGUGGCAUAGUGAAUGCUUUAACUGUGGGAAGUGCUCUGUCUCCUUGGUGGGCGAAGGUUUCCUGACUCAGAAUGAGAAAAUAUUCUGCCGCAAAUGUGGCUCUAGGGUAGACACCAGCAUCUAGAAGGAGCAGUCUUUCUGCUCCUGAAAUCUGCUGUCCUUUGUUGUCACUAAAUCCAGAAC